AUGGACCUCUCAGGCUCUUUGCCUCCACCUUCCCCUUACACCUUCCCUAUUAUCCCCAAUAUCUCUGUGCCCUCCUCCCCUCCCUCCAUCUCCCCAUCACCCAGCGUUGCAUCCACAGCUCUCUUCUGCUCCCUCCUCUCCCUCCUCUCCUUGAUGGGCAUCACGGGAAACCUGUACACUAUGGGCCUUCUGUUGAGGCGCAGGAGAAGUAGGAGACGGGGAGCAGGACCGACCUGCUGCCUAAUGAGAGUACCUAUACCAUCAUGCCUCGCCAACUCCUCCCCGUCCUCCACCCCCAUCUCCUCUUCCUCUACCUCCUCUUCUCUUCACCUCCAGGUGCUGAGCCUUGCUCUUGCUGAUCUGCUCUACCUUUUCACCGCUCCCUUCAUCGUGUACGAUAGUCUGGCGUCCGGCUGGGCCUUUGGUGAGCCGGGCUGCCGCCUCCUCCUGAGCCUAGACCUCCUCACCAUGCACGCCUCCAUCUUCACUCUCACCGCCAUGAGUCUGGACCGCUACAGGGCUGUGGCACAUCCCCUGCACACCUCGUCCUCCAACUCCUCCGGCCUGCUGCGUGUGGGCCUUGCCUGGGGCCUGGCUGUGGCUCUGAGUUUGCCCAUGAUGAUCACACUGCACCUGGAGGAUGGGGAGAACCAGGAGGGCCAGCUGUGUGUGCCGGCCUGGGACGAGCAGAGCUCUAAGGCCUAUCUGAGCGUACUCUUCUGCACCAGCAUCCUUGGUCCUGGGCUGGCCAUUGGAGCACUUUAUGCAACUCUAGGCCGGCUUUACUGGGUGUCUCAGACCAGGCCAGCCUGGGCCAGUGGGGGCAGCACGGCUUGUCCUCCCCGUGCCCCCAAACCCAAAGUGCUGCUCCUCAUCCUGGGUAUUGUCCUGGCUUUCUGGGCCUGCUUCCUGCCUUUCUGGAUCUGGCAGCUGCUGCCUCUUUACAAGCCCGACAUGCUGCGGACAGUUCCAGUAGGGACGCAGGUGACAGUCAAUCGAAUCCUCACAGGACUGACAUAUGGGAACUCAUGUGUAAAUCCAUUCUUCUACACACUCUUGACUGGAAAACGAAGACGCAACCGGCAGACGCUGACAUCAGCAAAUCAGCUGUGCCGUAAGAGCAGUCCGAUGCAGUAG